AUGUCUGCUAAAUUAUACUCUGAUGAACUAGGUCUCCAAAAAACUGAUCCAACACGUUGGAGAUUAAGAACUAAUCCCCUGGGACGACAUACAUGGGAGUAUAUCAAUUCAGAACAGAAAACCAACGAUCCGCAAUCUACUUUCACCAAAUGGCUUCUUCAAUUGCCUGAUUUUCCAGCACCUACACCUACUACAGAAGAACCAAGAACGGCAAGGGAAGCAUGCUAUGAUGGGGCCUCAUUCUUCAGAUUACUACAAGAUAAAGAAUCUGGUACAUUCCCCUGCCAAUACAAGGGUCCCAUGUUUAUGACCAUUGGUUACGUUGCAGUUAAUUACAUUGCCGGGUUGGAGAUCCCCAAUCAUGAACGGAUUGAAAUUAUUCGUUACCUUGUUAAUACUGCACAUCCCGUGGACGGCGGUUGGGGGCUACAUUCAACUGACAAAUCCACUGUCUUCGGUACUGUAAUUAAUUAUGUCAUCUUGAGAUUAUUAGGUAUGAGUAAAGAUCAUAUCGUUUGCCGUAGAGCAAGAAAGACUUUAUUGAGUUUAGGUGGUGCCAUUGGUGCUCCUCAUUGGGGGAAAGUAUGGUUAAGUGUGCUAAACUUGUACAAGUGGGAAGGUGUAAAUCCUGCGCCUCCAGAAACGUGGUUAUUGCCAUAUUGCUUGCCAAUUCAUCCCGGAAGAUGGUGGGUUCAUACAAGGGGAGUAUAUUUACCAAUCAGUUAUUUGUCCCUUGUUCAUUUUUCUUGUGAACUAACACCACUUUUGAAGGAAAUAAGAGAAGAAAUAUACACAGCACAGCCCUUCGAAGCUAUCAAGUUUGCACAGAAUAGAAACAAUGUUUGUGGAGUGGAUUUGUACUAUCCACAUUCUCAAGUAUUAGACGUUGCCAAUGCAUGUAUCGUGAAAUAUGAAGAAUAUCUGAGACCUACUUGGUUGAAAAAGUUGUCCAAAAGGAAAGUAUACGAAUUAAUUAAGAAGGAAAUAUCAAAUACAGAUUACCUUUGUAUAGCACCUGUGAAUCAGGCAUUUUGUGCUCUUGUUACAUUAAUUGAAGAAGGUGUAGAUUCUAAUGCCUUUCAAAAGUUUUCAUACAGAUUUAAGGAUUCUCUGUUCCAUGGUCCACAAGGUAUGACUGUCAUGGGUACCAAUGGUGUCCAAGUAUGGGAUUGUGCCUUUGCCAUUCAAUAUUUUUUCGUUGCAGGUUUGGCAGAAAAGUCUGAAUUUUACGACACCAUCGCUUCUGCAUAUGCAUUCCUUUGUCGAUCUCAGUUUGAUACAGAAUGUGUUCGAGGUAGUUUUAGAGAUAAACGUGUAGGUUCUUGGGGAUUUUCUACCAAGACUCAAGGAUAUACAGUUUCCGAUUGUACCGCUGAAUCAAUAAAGGCAAUUAUAAUGGUUAAAAAUUCUCCUGUUUUUAAAGCUAUUCAUCAUUUAAUUACUGAUGAAAAGAUAUAUCAAGGCAUUGACGUAUUACUGAGUUUACAGAAUGUUGGUUCGUUCGAAUAUGGAUCAUUUGCAACCUAUGAAAAGAUUAAGGCACCUUUAUUUCUUGAGAAACUAAAUCCUGCGGAAGUUUUUGGAAAUAUUAUGGUUGAAUAUCCCUAUGUGGAAUGUACCGAUUCAUCAGUGCUCGGAUUAACAUAUUUCCAUAAUUACUAUAACUAUCGUGGUAAUGAAAUAUCACAACGAAUUAAAGUUGCCGUCGACUACAUAAAGCAUUUGCAAGCAUCAGAUGGAAGUUGGUAUGGAUCAUGGGGGAUUUGCUACACAUAUGCUGGAAUGUUUGCCAUGGAGGCUCUUCAUUCUGUCGGGGAAUGUUACGCAAAUUCUAUAGUAGUGAAAAAAGGAUGUGAUUUCCUUGUAAAUAGGCAAAUGACCGAUGGAGGUUGGGGAGAGCCUAUGAAAUCCAGUGAAUUGCAUACUUAUGUUAAUAGUGAAAGGUCUCAAGUGGUACAAACCGCGUGGGUUGUCAUUGCUCUAUUGUUAGCCAAAUAUCCAAGAAAAGAUGUCAUUAUUAAGGGGGUAGAACUCUUGAAGAGUAGGCAAGAGCCAUCAGGGGAGUGGAAAUUUGAAAGUCCAGAAGGAGUCUUUAAUCACUCUUGUGCGAUAGAAUAUCCAAGUUAUAGACACUUAUUCCCAAUAAAGGCUUUGGGGCUUUAUGCAGAAAUUUAUGAUAAAGAAUAA